AUGUUCAACCUUAAGAAUCUUGUCUCUGUGGCCGUUUUGGCGUCUGGUGCAUUCGCUGCUCCUCAGUACACUGCUCAUGGGCCUUCGUCGACUUCGUCAGCUUACACCCCUGUCCCCACCGUGCCUCCUGUUAUUGGUGCUUUGGGAGUUGAGAUCCACAAGUCCUGCAACGUGACUGAGCGCCGUCAGCUCGAAGCUGCUCUAAAGGACACUGAAGAACUCGUCUCCGUCGCUCGUGAUUAUGUCCUCGACAACGGCUCCGACGACCCCCUUUUCAAAAAGUAUUUCGGCGCCGGCUCCACUGCUGAGGUCAUUGGUUGGUUCGACAAGCUCCUCUACGGGGACAAAUCCGGCGUUCUCCUCCGCUGCGAUGACAUUGACGGCAACUGCCACCAGGCCGGAUGGGCCGGACACUGGCGUGGCGAGAAUGCCACCGAGGAAACCGUUAUCUGCGAGAUGUCUUACCGUGUCCGCCGCCCGCUGACGCAGAUGUGUGCGUUGGGCUACCAGGUUGCCACCUCUCCCACCAACGUCUUCUUUGCCUCCGAUCUCGUCCACAGGUUCUUCCAUGUGCCAAAGAUCUCGGAGUUGGUCAUUGACCACUUCACACAUGGUGAGUACCACGAGGCGUUGGAGUUUGCAGAGACCAAUGCGACGCAUGUGGUUCGUAACACCGACAACUUGCAGUGGUUUGCGCUGGAUACGUAUGGACUUAUGGUUGGCAACCCGGGCGUUGGAUGUGCAGGUGAGGCCCCGGAGCACGCCCAUGAGUCGGCUUCCUCCUCUGCGGCAGCUUCUGUUUCGGUAGCUUCCCCUACUGUCUCUGCCACCCACGCCGCUACUUCCACCACUGAAGCUCCGAAGGCCUGCCACACUCACAGUGACGGCGCUGUCCACUGCGAGUAA